AUGCCGCUCCUAAAACUCCCCAACGAGAUUCUGAUCCAGAUAGCAGAGUGCCUGGACCCCAAAGACUUUACAAACUUCCUCGUCCUAAACCGCUUCUUCAAGAGCCUCUUGACCCCUCUCCUCCACAGUCUCGCCUUCAGCGACCCAGCUCGGAAUCUGGACUGGGCAUGCACGUGCGGCCACGAGCACCUUGCCCGCCUUCUCCUCGAGGGUGGAACAUCGCCGAAUGUCCGAUCCUGGCUCAAUCGGUACCCGCUCCAAGAGGCCGCCUUAUACGGUCACCUGCCCAUAGUCAAGCUUCUUCUCCAACACGGCGCCGAUAUCAGCGUCAGGGACAAAGACAACGGCACGGCGCUCCACUGCGCAGCCGGCAGUGGCGAGCCUGCCAUCGUACAGCUGCUCUUGGAGAACGGUGCCGACAAAGAGAUUAACAGCGACAUGCUACACAACAUCACCCCACUUAUGUGGGCGAUCAAAGGCCUAGAGAUAGCUUACGCAGUGAACCUGGAGAAAGCCAAUCCAGAAUGCACCCUGAAUUAUUACUGGAACAAGGAGGGCUUCCUUGACGGUGACAUGUUUAGUCUUGUAGAGCUCAUCGAGCAUAAAAACAAUGCGAUGGCGCGGAUGCAUGAGGCUGUCAAGAUACUACUAGAAUGGGGCGCAGAUGUCACAUACUCUUGUAAUACUGGGGAGUCAGUGCUGCAUGCGGUGGCAGGUCUGGAGGGAUUUGAUGCGGUGGACACGGCGGAGCUGUUGUUAGAGUGGGGUGCCGAUCUACAUGCGGUUGACAAUGAAGGGAUGACGCCGCUACAUAUGGCGGCGUAUUCUGGGUUGGUGGGUAUCGCGACGCUGUUUUUGGAGAAAGGUGCGGACGUGAAUGUGGAGGAUUCGCGUGGUCGGACGCCGUAUAGUGGAUUGGUGGUCGGUUUUCAUCCGGAGGUCCGCCAGCUACUUAAGAGGGCCCAAAGAAAAGCUCAAAAUGUUAAAGAAGACAAGGCAUAG